AAUCAGGGUUUAAAGGAACUGUAUUAUUAUCACUAAGACCAUUGACACAAUUACCAUCACUAGCCACGUCCUCACAAUCCAUCACAUCAGCUGAUUUAGACUCAAAAGUCUGCGCGCUGUUCACCUUACCGAAUCCGGCCGAGUCUGCGACAUCCAUCACUUGGACUCCUUCGACUCUCUGGACUUGGUGAGGUUCUUCUUCCAUUUCUCGGGGAACUUGGACUUAUCCUUAUGCCAGCACUUGGAUUCGGAGUGCUUCUCCGCGUGGGGACGACCAUGAUCGAGGCAGUAUUGGCACGGGGCCUUGUCCUUGCUCGGGGUUUUGUCGUCCUCAGCAGCUCGCUUGCCAGCGCGCGGUCUCGGUCCUUGUUCCGGUCCAUUUCCAUUCUUCUGGUAGUGUGCCAGGUAAGUCGGAGAGUCGUCGUUUUCGUCGUAAUUGCACGGUCCGUUGAAACGAGUCCAUCCUCCAGUGCCGUAGUAGGACUCAUCCGUCAAGUCGGCACAGACAGCCUUCAUGACCUCAAAGUCCCACGUAUUCGCCGACUGCUUGAGCUUGCGGUACAAACGCGGAUUCGUACAGUGGAAACGCGCAAGCUGGCACAACCAAACACCAAGUCCACGCGGAAUCUGGUCGUUGAGCUUCUCCAGACGAGUGAGCCACUCAUAGGGCGGUUCGUUUUUCAUCUGGAAGGCACCGAACACGCGACCAAUCGGAUUGAGAUCGUCCUCUUCCUCAAACUCCUGAGCAAGGAAGCGGUAGAUAUCCAACAAAGUAGUGUCCGGGUGGAUUCGCCAGGCACGGUACUUCGCAAGCUUGCUCUGCGCCAUGCCAGUAAGGCAACUCAUCAAGGUCGUCUUGAUCUCGGAGUUUUUGUACUUCGCGAAGUGGUCCUCGACGUGCGUAACAAACUCGAAGUAGAAGGCGUAAAGGCGCUCCCUCUUCUUCGUCUUGUCGUUGCUCUUGCGCUCCCCCGAAUACUUCAGGGAGGCAGGGACCUUCAUCGGCAAAUGGUUCCUCGAUUCGUGAUCCUUCGUGGUGAUGGUCGUAUCGUCGCUGAGCGGCUGCUCCUCACAAGGCGCGACGAAUUCCCGGGGGAACCAUGAUCAAGGGGAUCAUCGGGGGCUUGGACGGCACCACCUGCUUCUUCGCCGGCUGCUUGGAUUUCUCCGGAGCGGGCGGAUUCGCAGGAGUCGACUUCGACGCGUCGUCGACCUCCAUGGCUUCCAAGGAUGCUUCGAGAGAUUCAAUCUCCUCGACGGAGGGAUCCGUGGUGAAGUCGAUCGUGAUAUCGGGCCCAUUGGGGGACGAGAUAGUCAAGACCUGAGGCACCGUUUCGUUGGAUGGUGCCUGGGUCGUGGCUGCAUCGCUACCAUGUGACGAAGUAGCUUGGUCGAGAGGGCUGGGGUUGUUGGUGGAAGACAUUGAGCGAUAGUUGAAUAAGGUUUGCAGUGGAAGCGUAAUAGGUUGAUUAGGUUAAAGAUGGGUUCAAGGAAGC